GGGCCAGCCUCCCUUCCCUCUGGCCUGCUUUCGGCAUUGGGAGGGGGUCUGAGGGAGUUAGGUAAUGAUUUGUCAUUUUGAGGGCUACGUCUCUUUUUGCAGAGGAGACCUUGGCCGUGAUUGACACUGGGGCUGUUUUGGCCUGAUCCACCGUAUUUGACAGGUAAUAAUGAAGCUUUGUGAAACCAUAAUGGAUAUGGAUAUGCCAGACUAUGCUGAGUCUCUGGACUCUUCCUACACCAUGUUGGAGUUUGACAGCCUGAGAGUGCUUCCCACCAACUCCGGACUGAGAGAGUCCGUGCUGUGUCCCCCGGAGGCCAUCGCCUCAGAAUCCACCAGUGCCAGCUUGCUGAACAAUGGCAUCAACUCCCUGUGCGCUAUCUGUGGUGACCGUGCGACCGGGAAACACUACGGGGCCUCCAGCUGUGACGGCUGCAAAGGAUUCUUCAGGAGAAGCGUCCGCAAGAACCACGUCUACUCAUGCAGAUUUAACAGGCAGUGUGUGAUAGACAAAGACAAGAGAAAUCAAUGCCGAUACUGUCGCCUGAGAAAGUGCUUCCGAGCAGGAAUGAAGAAGGAAGCCGUGCAGAACGAGCGGGACAGAAUCAGCAUUCGCAGGAGCAGCUAUGAGGACAGUGGAUCCCUGUCAAUCAGCGUGCUGACCCAGGCAGAGGCCAUGGCCACCCAGUAUUCUUCACUAAGCCCGACACACAGUGCGGACAUGGCUAUGAAGAAGAUUGCCACUAUCAGUGACGUGUGCGAAUCCAUGAAACAGCAGCUUCUGGUCCUGGUUGAGUGGGCAAAAUACAUCCCAGUGUUUUGUGAACUUCCACUGGAUGAUCAGGUAGCCCUACUAAGAGCUCACGCUGGGGAACACCUGCUUCUUGGAGUUGCGAAGCGAUCGAUUCCCUACACGGAUUUUCUACUCUUAGGAAAUGACUUCAUCAUUCCCAUGCACUGCCCGGAACUGGAGAUUGCUCGUGUCGCUACCAGAAUACUGGAUGAGUUGGUCAAGCCCUUGAGGGAAAUCCAGAUUGAUGAGAAUGAAUACGCUUGUCUGAAAGCCAUAAUAUUCUUUGAUCCAGACUGCAAAGGACUGAGUGAUCCCGGCAAGGUGAAAAAUAUGCGUUUCCAGGUCCAGGUGAACCUGGAGGAUUACAUCAAUGACCGGCAGUAUGAUUGCCGAGGGCGAUUCAGCGACAUCCUACUUCUCCUCCCGCCUCUGCAAAGUAUCACCUGGCAGAUGAUAGAACAGAUCCAGUUUGUCAAGCUCUUUGGAGUGGCGCGGAUUGACAGCCUGCUGCAGGAGAUGCUUUUGGGAGGCAACGUCAUGGAUAUGCCACAGUACCAUCCUGGGCCACCCAACCUCAACCUGGAGCCACUCACAGGACACAUGCUUCCCAACACCCUCAAUUCUGUGAUCCAUUCGGUUCCCGUUCCAAUCAACAGAUGCUCUUCUUUCCCUGAGAGUCAUGUAUCUCCAGACACACCCCUUUCCUCUCCUUCUACCAGCCCCGGAAGCGAAGAUUACAAGCUGGGGCCAGCCACGGUACCCGAGGCCCCGCUUCAGAUGCUGCCUCAGGCCAUUGUUCCCAAACAGGAGAUUUUAUAAAGCACAAGCGAAGGACACAAGCCACCCAGAAAGCCGACCGUGAGACUUUCCCAUUCCUUUUGCAGUGACGCAUUAAUGGCCCCUGCCCUUAUCUGCCCCAGAUCUGGGGGAAAUGAGCCUGGAAUACCGGGCAUUUCACUGAUGCUAUCUUCAGCUUUCUUGUCCUGGGUUUCCAGCAGGCUUGGGAUCGCUUCAUUGACUCUCUAGUGCUUCCACUGGUCUUGAGAGCACAAGAUGGCUAACUUUUAGAGAAGUUUUAGAAGAGUAAAGUGCUUUCUACAGCUCUCACCUAUUGCUACAUGAUCGCGACAACGACCCUCGAAAUGGCAGUGUCAAAAAAACCUCAGGUACUUCUAACGAAGGACACUCCCAUUGCCUGUUCUAGUAGGGUCUAUUUGUAGAUACGACCUGUCUGAAACCAAAGGCUCAACUCUCCUCCACAGCGCCUUGCGUCUGGAUCACAAAGCUCUCCUGUCUCACGCAUGGUGCAACACGCAGUACUUAGUACUGUGAUUUAUGAAUAUCCAAACUUACUGAAUGAUGAUUCAGAGGAGCCAUACUUAAAUUUAGAUAAAUAUAUGAUAUGGAAUGGCAGUGUCUUCAAAGGUUUGAACUUUUUGCUCUGUUAUUUUUUUAAAAAAGCAAAUUCUUCCUCUGGUCUUCAGUCAAUAUGUGUGGAAGUGGGGGCAGGGGAAAGGAGUUAGUACCAAAGGAUCGCUAUUCUGUUCAACCUUUUUUUUGGAAAGAAAAUGACAUUAGACUUAUAUGGUGUUUCUGAACUUUUUCAGUUACUUCUUUUUAAUCCAAGGAAACACACACAUACAUAUAUUUUCAUUGAUGAAAGCACUCUCAAAUGCCUAAGUAGAAGGCAUACUAAUCACAAACCAGAAGCCAAACAACAAAUGUCAUUUAUUGGAAAUGACAGAAGUACUCGGUGGUGGCUAUUUUGUGACACAGAGACCUACGGAGUCUAACAUAGCAAACAUCGAUCUCAAGUAGCUCUAUUCACAGAAGUCCCAUUUAUUUCCAGCCACACAUCUUUGGGUUUUAGCAACUCACUUCUGCCUCUCUAUAAAAGGGACAGGUCACAAACAAUAUAAUUGGAGAUGCAUUAUGAAUAGUUUCUAUAAUAUGAGAGCACGCUUACCUGUUUGGUUCAACGUAAACCAGUGUUGAUCCUUUCCAAAAUGCUUUUUGGCUGGUCAGCUGAAAAAAAAAAAAAAAACAAGAAAUGAACUGCAUGCAAGCACCCUUACCAGCCACAAAAAUACUUUAAAGGAGUCACUCAUCUUUUAAUUGUCAUAUGCUCACUAAACAGUUAAUGGCUUUAUAUUUAGCAAAUAUAUACCCGAGGUCAGGUUUUUCUGUUGUGGAGGUUUGUUAGAGGCUAAUAAGACACACCCUGACUGGUCACAAAGAGUUACCUGACUCUUUAAGGAUUACGAGUUGUCUUCAAGUCCAGUUGAAAGAAAAGGUGAAAAGAAGAGUUUACUGGAAAAUUGAAUUUGGUUCUUUAAAAUGGCUGUGGAAUGAACAUUUACAAUGUUUUUACUUAAGGAAUCACAACUUCUCUGUGCCUCAGUUUCCUCACCUGUAAAAUGGGGAAAUAAAUAACUGUUCUCCAUCCCCAUAAGACUGUAAGCGUCAUGCCGGGCAGGAACUGUCUGACCCGAACAUCUUGUAUUUACCUCCACCCUUAGUUCAGUGCUUGGCACAAAGUAAACCCUUACAUACCACAAUUAUUAUUUAAUUAAGUGGCCUUAAGAAGAACAACAUUCAGGUGUGUAAGAACUGCAGAUUUUGCUGCUUCUCCUAUUUCAAGUUUUCCCAGCCUGAAGUGGGCCCCCCAGAUACCUCAACCAGCACCUCCCACCUCAAGUGCUUGGGGGCUGGGAGCUAAAGGGACAAGAGAGAAAGGAUAGAAAAUCAAGACGCCCUGGCUAGAAUCCAGGGCAUCAUGCAGCACUCUCGGCACUGGUGUCCCCUCUCCCAGGCCUCCCCGCCUUGAGAAGGGUGUGAAUAAUCAGUUGGAAUCUCCUUGGCCAACAGAGGAGCUCAACAUACAAGCAAAGAUCCCCUGACAAAACAAUGCAAAUCUCGAGGCCUCAUAGCCCGCCUGAUUGCUCCCUUUCUUUCUCUCUUUCUCUGAUGCUGCUUGACCGGCUGUUGAGGGUGGUGAAAAAUUGACUCCCCCAUAGGAAAGAAAUUCAACAUUCUUGCACCAAAUUACAAGAUAGGCUUCUCAUGACUAUAUACACACACAAGUGGCCCACAUUAGCCUGUGGACGUUACUUUAUCCAUAUCCUAUAAUGAGUAGAAGUUAGAAAAAGCUAAAACAACUUUGGAAGUACUCUUAUAGAAGAAGAGAAAAAAAUUGCUUCAUAAUUAGCUUCCUAUAAAAAUGCAUCAGAUAUGAUUUUAUUUUUAAAAAGUUGACUAGCACUACAUGAAUGGAAACAUUAACCAAUUAGGAAUUUAAAGUGUGGUAAGUAUAAAGCUAUGAACUGUGCUUUACUCUGAACAACUUCACAAGUGCAGUAUUACUGACAAGUGAAUUUAAUGAACAAGCGAUGAUUCCAUUCUCCUGUAUCUGUGAAUCAAGGUAAAUACACACAAUCUCAAGUUUCUUUAAUAUUUAUUCCCCAGAUAAGUCAGCUUUCCAAGUUAGCCUUCAUGAGCAAACUUCUUCAAAAUCAAUUUUUCUGAUGCAUAAAUUGCAAAUGUCAAACCCUAGAUCUUUAGCUUAGCUGAGUCAAAACAGAAUCAGAUAGCAAAAUUGGACGAAAAAUGCAAUGUAUAGCUUGCUAUACUAAGGAAGGCACUGUAGACCGGUAACAGUAUUUACUUGCAUCCUAAAAAAAAAAUCUUAGUGGGUUGGCAUUACAGAAUACCAUUUAUUUUGGGGGUAAUCACUUUGUUUUAACCAAAAUGCCUAUAUUUGUAAUUUGGCCAUUACUCAGUUUCAUUGUUUAAAAUUAAGAACUAUGGAAGAAUGGCCAUGUUUUAUAUAACAAAUACCUUUGUUCAGGGAACUCAGAAGAAUCUCUCAGGCUUCCUGUCACCUUGGAAGGUGAUUUCACAGUCAGAGAUAGGAAUGGGGCAGGAACCUAGUGGAGCAGGGCAGGAAUGGAGGCAAGGGGGAGGGAAACCUAUUACCUCUACUGUGGCUGGAGAAAGCCAGUACCAGGAUCUUCCUGCCAAGAUUAUUCAAGUUGUUGGUGGCAGAUCAGAAAAACAAGCCAGAGUUACCAAGUCCCAUUUCUGCUCUCCUUCUCCCACAUAACUUAUUCAAAGUGAAUUUACCAGAGUCAAAAAUCAAAAUUUGAGCGAUGUAAAAGGUUAAAAUGAAUGGCAUGCAAAACAUUCCAUUUUGAUUACUACUUUUUGUAAACAGUUUUGCGCGGUUUCUCCUAAAAUUCAAUGCCGUCUCCAUUGUUUCUUUUUAUGUACUUUCAAGUACAGCCCGAUGUAUUUGUAAAUACCCGUAAACAGAAGUGCUGUAAGUAUCAUUACUUAACAAGUGCCCUUUUCAGAUUUCUGGAUUUCUUUUUUUAAAAUAAAUGUGCAAGACCCA